UAACAUCGUUUUCGAAGGCUUAUACAUAGAAGAAACACAUACACACAAGGGCGUCGUGUAUGUGACGUGUGCUCAUCUCCUCGUGACUACUCGUCGCAAAAGAUGCACCAGAAACGGAAAACGAAGGGGGCAACGAGUGUUGCGAUCGUGAAACAUUGUUUGAAGGAGCAUGGAUGGAAGACGGUCGACCAUUGAUAUGUGUAGACAAUUUUAAGAUGGAAAAGAGGCGUCAUCAUCAGUCUUUGACGACGGUGGACGUCGAGUCGGCCGUUUUGAGACGAUGCCAGUCGCCUCGUUACGGACGAUCCUUUUCCAGAUCCACCAUCUCGCUGAAUGAAACCUCCGAGUCCACGCCAACAUUAUCGUCCAGCUUUGGCGAAAACUCAAAAGAGUUCCAUCUCGUCGGAGUCAGUCCGGACGAUUGGGAAACGCCUGUGACGGGCAAACGACGAGAAUCCGCUCCUGAUUUCAAUUCCUCGGAUUCCAACGAUAGUCGGCCCAAGAUUGUCAUCCGUCUCACAUCUGUCGAGGGCCUGGAACUCAACUUGACCAAUUCAGUUCAAGAUAAUCAACUUCUUCCGGAAGCGACGAAAGUCGUCGUCUGCCCGCAUCGGUCGAUCCGCGUAGGAGCCACCCGCCCACAGCCGCCCAAUUCGGUGGCCAGUGGUCCGAAAGGUGCCUCCAAAGACGACAGCACUUUCGAUUACACACCGACGGCCAAUGGAGAAUACACAGGAUCGGAAACUCUGACAAUCAUGCGGCGUUCGAGCAGCAAAAGGAAAAGCCAAAGGUCCGGCACAGGUGCUGGAACUCCCACAGUUAGCGAACUGGACGAUUCGGCAUUAGAGCGGCACGUUGGUAUCAUCGAAGAUGAACCGCCCAUAGAAAUGGCGGCUGCAGCUGUGCCAUCGUCCGAAGUUUGCGAGAACGCGUCUCUCCGGCUGAAAUGCCUAUUGCGGUUGCUGGACAAGGGCGAGGUGCGGCCCGAAGUGGUCCAGAAGAAUCUGAAAUUGGCAAUCCAAGUGCUCGACUCUGUCUACGUCGACGAGGCCGGAAGUCCCGACUGCGAAGACGAUGUCGGCGACGAGGAGGCUUUGUGGCCAGAUACGAAUGACACAAGUUCGCCAGCACCACUCACCAACAACACCCCUCCUCACUUGUUAUUACCUCGUUUGGCAAACCCCUGUCGUUCACGGGCGUCUCGAGUUGGGCUCAGACCGGCCGUCACGUCUCUUACCACUUGUUCUUCUCCUACUCGUUCUUGUUCGUCCACCGCUACUACCCCAACAGCAUCUACCACUGCUACUACCACCGCUACUUCUUCAAAGACGUCUGUUCGUCGUCCUACACUUUUCAAGAAAAGACGGUCGCCGGACGAUGAUGACGAUUUGUCGGAAGUCAGGGCUGAUGCGGUGCCGCCGGAAGUGCGAGCCUGGCUGGCGUCGACCUUUACGCGCCAGAUCAGCAGUCACCGUAAACCGGGCGAGGAGAAGCCGAAAUUCCGUUCGGUGGCGCAAGCCAUUCGGGCCGGCAUCCUAGUGGAGCGCAUCUAUCGACGCAUGUCCUCCUCCUCAUUUUUGCAAUUCCCGGCCGAAGUGGCGCGUAAUUUAAAGCUAAUUGACGAGUGGAAUUUCGACGUUUUCGCCUUGAGCGACGCUUCGGCGGGUUCUCCACUUCGCUAUCUCGGCAUCGAUUUGCUGAAUCGCUAUGGCGUCAUCCACAAAUUCAAGAUUCCAAGCAGCACGUUGGAAGCGUUUCUCAACCAAACGGAGGCCGGCUAUUGCAAACAUCGCAAUCUAUAUCACAACAAUACGCAUGCGGCUGACGUAGCCCAAACGCUUCACUACGUCCUCUAUCAAACUGGAUUGAUGAACUGGCUGACCGAUUUGGAGAUCUUUGCCGCCAUUCUGGCCGCCAUCAUACACGACUUUGAGCAUACGGGAACGACCAAUAGCUUCCACGUCAUGUCCGGCUCGGAGACGGCUUUGCUCUACAACGAUCGGGCCGUUCAGGAGAACCACCACAUCAGCGCCGCGUUCAGGUUGAUGCGAGAAGAGGAUUGCAACAUCUUGAUCAACCUUUCGCGCGAAGAGUUUCGUGAAUUCCGAUCGCUGGUCAUAGACAUGGUCUUGGCUACGGACAUGUCGUGCCAUUUCCAGCAGAUAAAAGCAGCCAAAGCCCUGCUCACCGUUCCCGAGCUCAGUGUGGACAAGUCGAAAAUUCUGUCGCUCGUGCUUCACUGCUGCGACGUAGCCCACCCCAGCAAACCUUGGCCGUUGCACCGACACUGGACAGACUUGCUCCUAGAAGAGUUCUUCCGGCAGGGCGACAAUGAAAAGGAGCUUGGACUACCUUACAGCCCGCUCUGUGAUAGAAACAAUACUUUAGUUGCUGAAUCGCAAAUCGGUUUCAUAGAAUUCAUUGUUGAGCCAACAAUGGCCGUCAUGGGUGAUUUAUUGGACAAAAUUUUGAUACCUAUACGACCACAAUCAGCCCCGAUCCGGAACGAUCACCGAGACUCGAUUUCCGAAGAAAAAUGCGAUGCAGGGGGCGAAGUGGUCACUGUGCCAACCACACCGGAGAAAAACAAAAAAGAUGGUACCAAUUCCAAAAUAUCCGGUGAGAAAAUUAUACGGCCUUGGGAUCUUUAUUUGGAGGAGAACAAAGGCAAAUGGAAAGAGCUGAGCGUUAAAGAUCAACAAAGACGGCAGGAAGAAGCCAAACUGAAAGCUGAAGAUUAAAAAAGAACAUUUCACACUAGUCAAGAAAAUUCGAAUUCGAAUGUUUUACAAAUUAGAUAAGGUUCUCCUCCUGAGAAAGACAAAAAUGAAAAAAAAAAACUAAUUUAAACUAAACUAAAACUAUACCUCGACACACCAGAAAUUAACUAAUAGUACUUCGUACAUCAUUUCUAGGACCUGGAUGACUGCGUUUUUCAUUAACCGUCCGCAUCUACCAACGUCU